AUGUUGAGCAUCAAAAUCAAGCAGUAUUUGACCUUUGCAAAUGGCCUCUUCGAGUGUCUAUGCUUCGGGGGUGCCAUCUUCGGCUGGGCCUCCCUGGUCUUUGUGUUGAAGAAGGAGGGCUAUUUCUCCGAUCUCUGUGACUCAGUCAGCAACAUCAGCCACCGUGGAGAGAGGAACAUGGACUGUGAUCUACAGGAUCAGCACUUCGCCCUGGUCUUCACGCUGGCAUCGUUCUCGCUCUCUUUCAUCACCCUGCCCUGUGGGUUCCUGUUUGACUACUGUGGCACCAUGGUGACACGAUUCACAGCCAUAUCUCUGUACACCUCUGCCAAUUUAAUGAUUGCCUUCUCCACUCCAGAUUCUGCUAUCCUGCUGUUCCCUGCAGCCUGCAUGAUCGCAGGUGGUGGAAUCCUCUUCUUCACCACCAACAUACAGGUUGGGAAUCUAUUCGGGAACAAACGUGCCACCGUCAUCACACUCUACAAUGGGGCUUUCGGAUCGUCAGCAGCCGUGUAUCUGCUGGUGAAGGGUUUGUACGAGUCUGGUGUAUCCCUGAGAUCCAUGUUCAUCUUCAUCAGCUGCUUCAGCUCCAUCCACAUUUGUAGUACCCUUUUCCUGCUCCCACAGACACAAAUUCCCAACCAGCUCCCAAAGGACUACAGCUAUGGGAUCACUUGUACAGAUUUCGGAUUGAAAUCCUUAUCCCGAGCACAGGAGACUCCGAGCCAGAGGAAAACUGUAAGAGGUGGAGAUGGAACCAUCCGGUGGACCCCCAGGAGGUGGAUGGAGGUGGAAGAGCCUGGCAGAGAGACAUCUAAAAUCAUGCAACCGGACAGGGGAGACAGAAUGGAAAAGGAGGAAAUGGUUGACGGUUGGAAAACUCAGACCAAAGAACAAGGAGGAGUGGAAGAGGAGACCCCAUCGUUCAGGAGCUGCAUCUUUUCAAAGGUCUUCCUCACUCACCUGCUCUGGCUUUCAGUCAUACAGCUGCGGCAUUUCCUCUACAUCGGUACACUCAACCCCAUGCUCAACCUGCUCACCAACGGUGAUUCCGGGCAAGUAAGCAGACUGACGAACGCCUUUGCCAUCACACAGAUGAGCAGUGUUUUUUGUGCCCCAUGGAACGGCCUGAUUAUGGAUCGACGCAAAGACAAACCAGCGGACUGUGCCACCUCGAAGAAGCUGGAUGCCAUGAUGGCCGCUGUCCUGUCUCUGACCAUUACCGUCACACACGCCGUCCUGUUCGCUGUCUGUGCCACCAUCCCUGUGCUCCAGGUUCAGUACCUGACCUUCAUCCUCCAAGUGAUCAGCCGCACCUUCUUGUAUGGAGGGGACGCAGCAUUUAUCUCUCUCGUGUUCCCUUCCUGCCAUUUUGGGAAGGUCUAUGGACUGGUGCAAGCUCUCUCUGCUGUUAUUUCUCUGCUUCAGUACCCAUGCUUCACUUUGAUCCAGGGGCCCUUGCACGGCGACCCACUUUAUCUGAAUCUUGGAUUCAUCGCCGUGCUAAUGCUAGCGUACAUCCAUCCCGUAAACGUCUACCUCCACUGCCGUCAGGAGAGUCAGAGGGAAAGCACGUGCACACAUCACUGGGCACAACUCGCAGCUCGGGAAGGAUGA